AACCUGAAAGACAGCGCGGAGGGCAAAAAAACCUUUGACGUGCGGAUAUCCCAUGAUUCCUUUCCCAGUUCUCCCUCAACCAUAGGGGUUUCCUUUAGCCAACCGGUCUCUAAUAUAAUAUUUGCUUAUAACUGUGUGUCCCUCUGUCUAUAGUUGUUUCGGGGGCUUUUUUGUGCGGUUAAACCAUAAAACUGGAGGCCGCUUUCUUCCUUUUGCUGGUUUUUUCAGGAUGUCUUACUCUCCUCCGAUCAACCGCCCUCCGAUUGGCAUCCCACAGCUGCCCCCUGGCAUUCCCCCUCCUCAGUAUGCGGGCUUUGCUCCUCCGGUUCCUCCAGGGACUCCCAUGAUCCCAGUUCACAUGGGUGUAAUGGCUCCUGCACCCACAGUGCUGGUCCCGACCACAGUUACCAUUUCACAGAAGCCGGUAACCACGAAGAAGGACCCUGUCCUCAUCAGAGCCAAGGACGCAGAAGAGACCGUGGGCCCCACCACCACCGUGUUUGUGGGGAACAUCUCUGAGAAAGCGUCUGACAUGUUGGUCAGGCAGCUUCUAGCAAAAUGCGGUAUCGUUCUGAGCUGGAAAAGGGUCCAAGGUGCUUCUGGGAAACUUCAAGCUUUUGGAUUCUGUGAAUAUAAGGAGCCUGAAUCCACGCUCCGAGCUCUCCGGCUUCUGCAUGAGCUGCUCCUAGGCGACAAGAAGCUGCUGGUCAAGGUGGACGCUAAAACCAAGGCUCAGCUGGACGAGUGGAAGGCAAAGAAGAGGAGCGCCAACGGGGGAACCACAGACGGGUCUAAAAACGACGCGCAGGAUGAGGAGGAGGUUCUCGAUGAAGAAACUGUGCGUCGGGACCAGGUUGUGAAGGGGGCGAUCGACGUCCUCAUCCGAGAGUACUCGAGCGAGCUCAACGCUCCCUCGCAAGACUCCGACGGUCAGCCUCGCAACAAAAAGCGCAAAGAGAAGAAGGAGGAGGACAUCAACGCGAUGGAGUUGGAGGAUGACAAGAGAGACCUCAUAUCCAGAGAGAUCAGCAAAUUCAGAGACACGCACAAGAAACUGGAAGAAGAGAAAGGGAAGAAAGACAAGGAACGACUUGAGCUGGAGAAGGAGCGGAGGGAGAGGGACAAGGAGCGCGAGAGGGAGAGGGAGCGGCGCGACCGAGAGAAGGAGAAGGAGAGGGAGAGAGAACGGGAACGGGACAAGGAGCGGGAGCGAGAGCGGGAGCGGGAGAGGGACCGAGAACGGGAACGGACGAAGGAGCGCGAGAGGAGCCGAGACAUCAGCGAAGCGCGCAGCAGGUCGAGGGAGAGAAACAGAGAAGAUAAAAAACGAGACCGUGACGAAGACGAGGAAGACGUUUACGAGCGGCGGAGACUUGAGAGGAGGCUGAGAGACAAAGAGGCUGCUUACCAAGAACGGCUCAAAAACUGGGAGAUCCGAGAGAGGAAGAAGGCUCGCGAAUACAACAAAGAAAAUGAGAGGGAGGACGAGAGGCGGCGUGAAAUGAUAAAAGAAGCCAAAAGACUGAAAGAGUUCCUCGAGGAUUAUGACGACGACAGGGACGAUCCGAAGUACUACAGAGGCAGCGCUUUGCAAAAGCGACUGCGUGACCGCGAAAAGGAAAUGGAGAUGGACGAGCGAGAUCGAAAGAGGGAAAAGGAGGAGCUGGAAGAGAUUAGACAAAGGCUGCUUGCUGAGGGUCACCCUGACCCAGAUGCAGAGAUGCAGAGGAUGGAGGAGGAAGCCGAGCGCAGGCGACGGCCUCCUCUGAACCUGGAACAUGAGGAGGAAGUGAGCCAGGAGAAAACUCAUCGCGACCGCGAACCGGAGCAGGUUCGCGAACGCGACCGCCAUCACGACCGCCAUCAUGAACGCGAACGCGACCGCCACCACGAACGGGAGCGAGAGCGGGAGAAGAGACCCUCCGAGAGACCCGUGGAGCCAAAGUCCCAACCCCCCCGGCAGGAUUCAGACGAGGAUGACGACAACAAUGACGCUAACGUCAACGAAAGACACGAGGACGACUUCCGCGACGGCGAAGACUCACUAGAGGCCAAGCCCCAACUUAAGCCCAUAAUGAGACCAAUCACCAUUGCCCCAUCAGUUUCUUCUGCUAGCGGGAACGCGACUCCGAACACUCCUGGGAACGAUUCCCCCUGCGGCAUAAUCAUUCCAGGAGAGAACACCCCCGACCUCCAGCCUUUAGAGGAACAUCGGCCCAAGAUCGGCCUCAGCCUCAAACUGGGUGCGACCAACAGCCCCAGUCAGCUCAAUGCUGUAAAGAGAAAGAAGUUGGCGGUGGCGGACAGCGUCUUCAACAAGUUUGACGACGAGGAAGCGGACGAGCAGCCCCGCAAAAGGAAGCUGGUUCCCCUGGACUACGGUGACGAUGACAAGAGUCUGGGACUCGACGGGGCAGAAAUUUCCGCCGCCAAGGGCGGCAGCAUCAACACAGAGGAGAAGCGGAAGCACAUCAAGAGCCUUAUCGAGAAGAUUCCCACCGCCAGGCCGGAGCUUUUCUCUUACCCGCUGGAUUGGGCUAUGGUCGAUUCGGCUCUGAUGGAUCGCCGGAUCAGACCGUGGAUUAAUAAGAAGAUCAUUGAAUACAUUGGGGAGGAGGAGCCCACCCUGGUUGAUUUUGUCUGUACUAAGAUAAUGGCACACAGCACUCCCCAGGGGAUCCUUGAUGAUGUGGCUAUGGUUCUCGAUGAAGAAGCAGAAGUCUUCAUAGUAAAAAUGUGGAGGUUACUUAUUUAUGAAACAGAAGCCAAGAAGAUUGGACUGGUGAAGUAAAGACUAUGAAACCCCCGAGCUUUCACUGCAGCCAGCUACAGUUUGUCCUCCGGUCCUCCAGACUGUAAAUACGUGCUCAUACUCCUCUCCAUUCCACCUGCAAGGAGAUGCUACCUUGUAUGUUUGCGUGUCGGUGUGAGUGUAUGUGUCUGUAUGAUAAAGGUUCCAGUUUGUGAGCAGAGAGUUUGCACAAACCUCAAGCAUGGUAAAACUUUGGUUUUAUUGUUUUGUCUUUUUCUUUUUCUUUUUUUUUUUUUUUCCCCUCGGCAUUGUUAGAGAAAAAGGCAGUUGCAUUUCACUGCCUGCUCUCCAGGUUGUUGAACAUUGUACAUACUGCUUUGAUUUGCUAGUGUUCUGUGAAAGCUCUGCCCUGACAGGUGAACUAAUAAACGUGCUUUUUUUUAAAAAACAAAAA